AUGCGCCACCCCGAGCUCUGCCCAUCCUCGGAUCACAUCACCCCGAUCAGUCUUGUUAAGACUCAAAAGCUUGCGCGAGACCGAUAUCGAGCCUUGAGCUGGAGCCUGUUCCGAGUACCUUCUUCCGACAGUUUUAUACGCGUGGAUACCCGCGAUGGUACGCCCGCACACGCCUUGCCGGACGAGAACGAUGGAUUCACUGUCGUGCGCCAGUAUCUAUACGAUGUGCUCACCCACACAGGAUGGGGUAUAGGUUAUGAGUGCCCUGCAGCGAUAAGAGCAACGGUGGAAGGAUGGUAUGGGCAUGGAGGGUAUUUCAAGGCGCAAUUGGCAGAGAAAAAUGGAUUGUUGGAUCUCUGUCCCAUCAAAGGAAAAGAUGGUGAAGGAAACGAAGUAUACUUCGAGGACCAACUGAGAGACAAGAUCAGGCAAUGUGUCAGAUACGAGAGCAGCAUGCUAUUGUAUCGUGAGAAUGAGCUGGACGACGCGAUGUCUGAAGCAGAUACAUGUGUGGGCGAUAACACUCCAGAUACCAGUGUACAGGAACGGGGUUACCAGGAUUACGAUGGAAGCGAAAGCAUAUACUCGGUAUUCCGACCGUCGAUCGAUCUCAACGAGGAUGCAAUGACCAUUGCUGCCCAUGAAGAUCAAGAUGACGACGCUGAACAUUCAGCACCUCAUGUACACCGCAGCGUCGGCGCAAGGUUUUCAGGAACGAUCGGAUCAAAGACACGGACCAGCAAAGGACUCGUAUCAUCCGACCCUGAGCCCAGAGUAAACGUGCCUUCCGAGAUCACGCAUGAACCCACAUUCCAGGUUCCUACGCCAAAAGUGGUGGAGCCAUCUAAGAAGAGGAAGGAACAGUCGCAUGAAAGUUCAAGAGCCAUGGAAGACCUGGUUGCAGGACGCAAGUCAUCCAUCAGCCGUGCAGUGUGCAGUCACGCGAACGCAACAACGCCAGACUCGACGUCUCAAUACCCACCGAAAAUAGAGCUACCUACCGCAUACAAGCACGCACGAUGUGGCGCCGUUGUACCCGCCGAGAAGCCCAUGCCUAUCCCAUCAAACGCCGGACACAGAUGA